AUGGACACAAAGAAGUUUAGGCAUGUGGAUAUUUUUAAAAUGUUGGUGAGAGGAAUGAGUGACCAAGGUUUUGAGAAGACACCGGACCAAAUGAAGCUAAAAUUGAAAAAACUUAAACAAGAGUACAUAAAUUGUAAAAAAAACAACAGCAAAAGUGGAGCAGCACCAUCAACAUGUCCAUUCUAUGAAGAACUAGAUUUACUAUUUAGUUUAAGGCCCAAUUUAGCUGUUAAUAUGGACUGUACUGAAGGCAUAGAUACAGGGGACUACGAAAUUGAACAGGAAUGUACUGAUAUCUUUUAUGGUGAGCAAGCUGAGGAUGGGACCGAUUUUGAUCCCGGUGAGGGCACCAGUAGAGAUUCAAAUUCAGAAACUCCUCAUUCAGCCAAAAGAUCGGGUUCCAAUGUUCAAAGUGAGCAAGCUGAGGAUGUGACCGAUUUUGAUCCUGGUGAGGGAACCAGUAGAGAUUCAAAUUCAGAAACUCCUCAUUCAGCCAAAAGAUCGCGUUCCCAUGUUGAAGGGAGAAAAAGCUAUAAAGCUGCCUUAAAUGAAUAUAGUGAAAAAUUGCUUGAAAAGCAAGGAACCCUUAUUAAUAAUACAAUAACCAAGAUGUUAGAUUCACAGAAAGAAAUGUUAGAAACAGCUAACCGUGAACAGAGACAAUGGGAGUUAGAAAUGUUAGAAAAAGAACAAGAAUUCCAACGAAAACAGACUGAAACCAUGAUGCAGAUGUUUACACAAUGCAUUCAGUCUUUGAGACCACCUACUGUGAGCAACCUUGGUCCUUUGAGAUUGGUUAACCUAACGUCACAAAGGAACUUGAAAGAUGCUGAAGUGGAAAAACAGAACAAGGAAUUAAAAUAA